AUCAAAUACGUCAUGAUAGGAAGAAAUAUCUUAGUUUUUGUAAUUAUCUCUAUCAUCAUUAACACAUCAAAUGCUACAACUUAUAUGUAUAUCCUUGCUUAAGAAUGGGUUGGAUCUGUAUGCAAGGUUGAACCAAGUUGUCCAUUUAUGGGACAUUAUGAUGGACAACGAUGGAAUUUACAUGGUUUAUGGCCAAAUACUUAAUUAACCUCAUCUUGUGGGUCAAUUUAAUAUUGUAGAACUGAUCCAUAUGAUUCUUCUAAAAUAUAUCAAAAAACAAAGGAUUUAUUAGAUGUUGUUUGGAAUGGUUUAUAUUCAGACACCGAAACUUUUAGAGGGUAUUUAUCAUUUUAUAAGAAGAUAUGAAUGGGAAAAACAUGGUACUUGCUAUCCAGGAGAAGUUUCAUAGAAUUAUUUUUUUUAGACAGCUGGAGGAUUAGCAUAAAAAUACAAUUAUUAUGAAAUAUUAGCUAAAGCUGGAAUAUAUCCUGAUAACACUAGACAAUUAUUUGAAAAUGAUAUAAGGAAUGCCUUUGCUUAAGUUUUGGGUUCGAAUGUUAAGAUCACUUUUUCUUGUUUCAAAGAUUGUAUAAAAUACUUUUAUAUCCUUUAGAAGUUACAGGAAAAUACUUAUUAGGAUAACUUAAAAUUUGUUUUGAUGAGUCUUUAUAAAUUAGAACUUGUAAUUGUAAAUUGAAUGAUGAAGAGAUUGAUUUAGAAAAAUAAUUGAAUUAUUCUUAGUACUAAGCUUAACCAUUAGUUUCAUGUGGUUCUGUAUUCUAUUAUCCUGAAUUGUGA